UUCUAAUGCAUCGUCAGUCCGCAAGUAAGGUUGGUAAGAUCAGGUGACGCACAAUGAUGCGAGUGUUUGCCUGGAUAUGGCUAGUAUGUGCAGCGGCAGUGAGCGUGUCGGCGAAGAGACCAAACGUGUUGCUGUUCCUAGCAGAUGAUUUAGGGAUAGGUGACCUUGGCUGCUACGGUAACACUACCAUCAAGACGCCUCACAUUGACAGAUUGGCCUCAGAUGGGGUGCGUCUCACUCACCACUUGGCAGCUGCAGCCAUGUGCACCCCAAGUCGCGCCGCCCUGCUCACAGCUCGCUACCCAGUUCGAUACGGGCUGGAGGGAGGGCCAGCAGAAGACUAUCUCCUACCAGCAUUAUUACACAUAACCAGCCAGAGCGGACUCUCUGCUGACGAGAUUACCAUAGCUUCGGCGCUUACCGCCGCUAAUUACACUACUGGUCUCGUGGGAAAGUGGCACCUGGGGAUGAACUGCACGCUUUUCGGCCGCUCCUGCCCAGGUCCGCUCAAUUAUGGUUUUCAGUCAUUUUAUGGGAUACCCGUCACCCUCUUCCAGGAGUUCAGAGGUCUUCAUGCCUUCUGGAAGUUCCCACUACAUGACCGAAGGUUCCAGGGUCUGGCCGUGGCAUGGAUGACUGCAAUGGUCAGCCUCUUCCUUGCACGUCGCAGAAAAGUCUUGGGGAGCUGCACUGGCGUCCUCCUGCUGAUGGCGACACACUUACUUCUUGGCGGGUUUUGGUUCACCUUCGCUCAUUACAGCAAAAAUUCUGAGACCAGAUGGGGUGUGUCACUGUGGCUGUUCAAAUAUGCCAAUUCACGCCUCUUCCGAAAUGACCAGGUGGUAGAGGCACCGAUAGAGCUGGACGGACUGUCCCAACGCCUAGUUGAAGAAUCUCGUCGCUUUCUGGAGGCUCACGCUCGCGACGAGAAACCUUUCUUUCUGAUGCACUCCUUUGGUCAUGUCCACACACCAAUGUUCUCCGCGCCUCAUAUGGCAGGCAGAAGCAAGCACGGCAGCUAUGGAGACAACGUGGAAGAAAUGGACGACAGUGUGGGAAAGGUCCUGGCCACUCUGGCAGAGUUGGGUCUAGAGGACAACACUGUAGUUUAUUUCACAUCAGACCAGGGAGGCCACCUUGAGGCUGUAGAGGACACUGGAGAGCGAAUUGGAGGACACAACGGACGCUUUAAAGGUGGAAAGCGGCAGGGUGGGUCAGAAGGUGGCAUCCGAGUACCAGGAAUAUUCAGGUGGCCAGGGCAUAUCCCCAGAGGAGUGACCCUUGAUACGCCCACCUCCCAUAUGGACUUGAUGCCCACUUUGCUCUCCCUGGCUGGUCUUCCUCGAGUCCACACUCUCGUGCCUCAAGCCAUGGACAAGGAGCUGGAUGGCGAGGACAUUUCUGAACUGCUACUGAAGGGAGCCAAAGGAAGCAAGACACCGAGGCUGUUCCUUCACCACUGUGGAACAUCACUACAUGCUGUAAGGAUGGACACAGGUGACCAUGUUUAUAAGAUGCAUCUGGCUAAACCCAAGUGGUGGAAGGGCAGCACCCAGUGUGGUUGGCAUCACUUAGCAUUAUGUGACUGCCAUGGACCAAAUGUCACAGACUUGUCCUCUCAACCUGAGUUGUAUGAUCUGCUCUCUGAUCCUUAUGAAGACUACCCGCCAAUCAGUCCAGACUCAUCAGAGUACAAGUCAGUGGUGCAUGAUCUGAAGGAAUAUGUGAGGCAAUGGAAAGAGAGAGUGACUCUACCACCCUCACAACUCAGCACCUCGGCUAAUGCUCUCUGGAAACCAUUCUACCAGCCACACUGCCACACAUGCUGAAAACAGAGAGCACCACAACAACAUACACCUGGCAUCCACAUUAUACUAUGUAAGAAUAGAGUAUCUCCUCUACAUAUGCAUGUGGAUUAUUUCUUCCAAAAUCUGUAGUAAAAGUAUGUAUUUUCAGAAAUGUAGGUCUCCAGGUUUUGGAAUUCAAUAGUAUAUUGUUCACAGCUUCUGAAUGUUCUUUUUAGUUUAUCAAUUACAUUCCUACAUGAUGUUGCAAUAACACUGCACUAUAAAGAUGAAAAAUAACUUAGAAUGUUUUGAUUAGGUGUCUCAUACACCAAUGUAAUCAAAUGCUUGACUUUUGUUAUUUCUUACAUUCAAAGAGUGAUCAUAUUUCAUCAUAUUAAAAGAAAUGAUAAUAAAUAAAAAUCAAGUAAUCUAAGAUCAAUGUUUCAUCUCACACCAUCUAUAAUGGCAGCCUCCUUAUGCCUGUAUGGUUCUUGUUGAACAAGUGCCAUUUUCUUGAAAUACAGAUUACCUCCACACUCUGGUGACUCAUUCAUAUAAAUUGCAGGGAAGCACAGAUGUAAUGACACAAACUGCACUGUGUACAGACUGAUUUGCGGUAAUUACAGAGGGAUAAGCAUAAUGGGUUCACUGGCUAAGAUUUUUGACACUAUGAUAUUGAGUAGACUGUGAAACUGGUUUAACAUAGAUGAAUGUCAAGGUGGCACUGAAAAAAGCAGAGGAUGUCUUAAACAAAUAAUAAUGCUAAGAUUGAUACAUAUGUGAUUAUGUUUCAUUUAAAGAGAUAGAACUGCUUGUAUUAUUUAUAGAUUUUAGCAAAGCAUAUGAUAGGGUUCCCUGUGGAAAGUUGAUUGAAAGAUUGAGAGAAUGGGGCUACACCAAAGUGAUGUUGCAGGCCAUUAAAGUUAUGUAUGCAUGCACCAAGAACAUAUAUUUCUAUCAGUAACAUGCAAUAGAUGCUAAUGGUUGUGUUCGCCAAGGAGAUCCCUCAAGUCGCCUGCUGUUUGUUGUGUAUAUAGACCAUAUGAUGCAGAUGUUGAAAAGGGUCAUAGAAAAGAACAGGUUUUUAAGUAGUUGACGCGUUCUGUUAAUGAUGAUUGACACCUCUAAGAAAUGUAAAUAAGGAAACUUGUGAUAAUGUGUCAAUUCUAUAAUGAAAGUGAAAUGGGGAUCAAUGAAAAUAAAACUUGUGGGAUACCUACAUCACAAUAUAACAUAUGAAGAAACAAGAAAUAAAGAAAACAUGGUUAUAAGAUAGUUAGCCAGUAUGCAGUGUGUUGUCGUAAACUCAGAUAUUGACCCAGCCAUAAAAGGGAUUAGAAGGGUAGAAGCUCGAAGGGUCGAAAGGAAACACUUUUAAUGACCCGGGCCAGGGUAUCAGGUAAACAUCCUGGACAGGACAACAGUUAUGUAUUGUAGUUGUCCUAUACAUGUUAUUGGUACCGCACACAUGGGCUUUUACCUUGCUUUUACGUGACUGGUGACCAGUACUCUUGAGGGGUAUGUUGUGUAGGUCAAGACACGCUCCCUUGAUAUCUAUGAAGGAAAGUUAGAGAGGAAUGGGGGCAGAAAGAGACAAGAAAGAAGCAGAAAGGGAAUCAGCUGAAGCUCUGGGUGGGCCCGAUCUCAGCUGUAGCCAAGGAGGCAACAUACUUCAUAUAACAGUAAGAGUUGCAAUGCAGUCUUUGAGGUAAAUUAGAAUGGAGGAAGAAUCAUGACAGGAUGUUUAGGUAUUAUUUUAGUAUAUGUGGAUAUAAAAUCAUGUGUGUGUGUACUUAGAUCAAUAUGACACCGAUAUGUACUUAUAUCCCCAUGUUAUGAAUAGAGAAUCAUGUGUACAUCUCCAUACCUAUGUUGCAUAUGGUAUAUUUUCACAAGUAAGUUACAUAACAUAAUUACUUGUUGUAUUCAUGGACGAAGUUAAAGUAGUUCUUAAGUAUGGUUACCAAAAAGAAGUUGAGUUUAUUCCAUGCAAGAUUCAUUGAAUGACGUUACUUGUAUGAAUAUAUAAGAACUGAUUAUAUUCAGUGGUGUGUUAUGUUGUUGUAUUCAUGUACUAAGCAAAAGUAAUUCUUAUAUAUGGGUAACCGGAUUGAAAAGGGGAAGUUGUAAUUACUACUAUUAUAUGAUAUUCACUGAUGAAUAAAGCACAGUGUUCGGAUAUUGUAAUAACGUUUAGAGGAUAUAGUGGACGAUGUUGAAUUAAAAUUUGUUAUAGGGAUACGAUGAAGUAAUUCUGAUGUAAGAAUAUAUAGGUGAAGGGAGAAAGUUAGAAUUGUUGCACAUGAGACAAUAAUGUUCAGUGAUGAGUUACGUUGUUGCAUUCGUAUACGAGCUUGGAGUGACUUAGAUAUCAUUAUAGAAGGAAAUUGUAUUGAUUUGUUGUGGAAGAGAGAGAGAGAGAGAGAGAGAGAGAGAGAGAGAGAGAGAGAGAGUGAUUAUUAUUUCUGAUAAUUUAUCAUUAUAUGGAAAUAAACUUGCCAGGAAUUCCAAUCUUUCCACUCGUGACACAAAUUCCCUACUACUGUGUUAUUGGAUGCGUCCCAAAUACUGUUCACUAUCCUUGCUAAGCGAACCCCGUUAUAAUGGUUUCUCCCGUCUUGAGAUCACCCAUUACUGUCAAUGAGGUUAUAGUCCAGUAAAUCUAGCAUAAAAUUGUGCCCAACCUAAAACAAAUUGCAAUAGAUUGUUUCUCACUUCUGAGUGACUUGACUAGUCCUCAGGUACAUCAUACUAAAAAUCCCCAUGAAUCCAUGUGGUGGAAGGGGAUCAACGGCGGCCAUUUUGGAAUUUUCUUAAAAGUCAUAUAUCUGGUAAAAUAAUAGUUUUAUCAGGAAACACAACUCAAUAAAAAUUGUUCAGAAUUGAUUGUUUUAUAGCAAUGGCAGGUUAUUUUACAAAGAUAAAUAAAUAUAUAGGAAAAAAAUAAUAAAAUAUUAAAUUUUGA